AUUACGUUCUCUCCCUCUUUCGAUAGGACAGCGAUAAGGAAAUUGCUGUUGACUUCCUGGAGAUAGUCUGUAUUCGUUUUGUAACAGUGUAUCCGGGUGUACGUCGUACAACUAUAGUAGGAGAGGCAUAUACGAUGUCGCAAGUCCUAGAGUUAAAGAAACACGCCAAGCAGCUUCAAAGCAGUGGCGCUUCUGAAAAGGAGCUGACAACUAUACUACACAUACUUAAGAAAGACUACCAAGUAAAUGAAGCAGUCCUUAGGGAGAGCCGAGUAGGUCUAGCUGUAGGCAAGCUCCGAACGCAUGCGUCGAAGGAUGUCUCCGACCUGGCGAAAGACAUCGUGAAGAAGUGGAAGAACGACGUGGAGAAGGCGAAGCAGAGCCAUCAAAGUGGAGGGUCGAGCAAGCCGGUGCAGAAUGGAAAACCAGCCCCGGGCAGGAAGGCUUCAGUGGCUUCAGAUGGCAAGCCGACGAUGCAGACAGCGGCCAAGGCGGCCACGAGGUCGGCCAAGACGGACGGCUUCUCAGAUAACAGUCUGACGGGGGAUUCGACAAGGAACAAGUGCAUCGCACUCAUCUACGACUCUCUGGCGUUCGACUCGGAUGCUCCCAGCGACCUGAUCCUUAGACGAGCUCAAGCAGUUGAAAAGGAAGUCUAUAAUCUCUUUUUUGGAAAUUCCAACACCGAAUACAGGGGCAAAAUACGUUCUCUAUUCGUCAAUUUGAAGGACAAGAGCAAUCCCUCGCUGAGGGAAGGUGUUAUUAGUGGCGACGUACCCGCUGAGAAGCUGGCCACAAUGACCAGCGAGGAAAUGGCAUCCGAGGAAAGAAAAGCUGCUGACAGCAAGAUUAGAGAUCAAAACCUAUUCCAGUCCCUUAGCGCCGAAGAACAGCAGGCGGAGACAGAAGCGUUCCAAUGCGGACGAUGCAAACAGCGGAAAUGUCGCUAUCGUCAAGCACAGACGCGGAGCGCCGACGAACCGAUGACUACCUUCGUAACAUGUGUCAACUGUGGGAAUAGAUGGAAAUUUUCAUAAACAGCGCAUUAUAUUUUUGUCGCUAUCAAUCCCUUCCGUAUGCCGUACAUUCCGUCAGCUCUUAGUUUUAUAGUAUCGUGAACCCAAAAGUAAUGACUCUUGUAUGAUCACCUUUCACUCCAGUAUACCACAUUCAUCUUCUUCCAUUAUUUUCGUCAUUGUAUAUCGAUUUCAUGGUAUUGGGCUUGGUCAAAUGGGAAUUCUUUUGAUGCCAGCAACUGUUCCCCGCUACUUUCCUGUCCUAUCUUUGGUACCACUGACAUCUUUCAUCGCCGUCAUAUUCUUUCGUUCUAAAGUUCGAAAUGAAGGGGUGGA